AUGCGCUUAGCGGCACUUGUCUCCCUCCGUGCUGCCGUCUUCUUCCUCGCCUUGCUUCUGGUGAGCCCCGCCGUCGCCCACAAUGACCACGGCGUGCACAAGAACUACCUCAUCAUCGUGCGCACGCCGUACGAGUACGAUCGGAGCAUGUUCAAGGACGUGUCGGACUGGCACGCGUCCCUGCUCGCGUCCGUGUGCGACAUGGCCGAGGAGGAGCUCGACAAGGAUCCGGCCGCCAUGGCGCGCCUCAUCUACUCCUACCGCCACGUCGUGAACGGCUUCUCGGCCCGCCUCACCGUCGAGGAGAUCCGCGAGAUGGCCGGCAAGGACUGGUUCGUCAAGGCCAUUCCGGAGAAGACGUACAGGUUGAUGACCACCCACACGCCGCAGAUGCUCGGGCUCAACGGCAAAGGCUCCCACGGCGGCCUGUGGAACAAGAGCAACAUGGGCGAAGGGAUCAUCAUCGGCGUCCUCGACGACGGCAUCAGCCCCGGGCACCCGUCGUUCGACGGGACGGGCGUCCCGCCGCCGCCGGCCAAGUGGAAGGGCCGGUGCGACUUCAACAGCUCCGUGUGCAACGACAAGCUUAUCGGUGCGCGGUCGUUCUACGAGUCGGCCAAGUGGAAGUUUCAAGGGGUCGACGACCCGGUGCUGCCCGUUAGCAAGGGCUCGCACGGGACGCACACGUCGAGCACGGCGGCCGGCGCGUUCGUGCCCGGCGCGAACGUCAUGGGCAACGGGAUCGGAACGGCUACCGGCAUGGCCCCGCGCGCGCACAUCGCGCUCUACCAGGUGUGCUUCGAGGACAAGGGAUGCGACCGCGACGACAUACUGGCAGCGCUCGACGACGCCGUCGACGAGGGCGUCGACGUGCUCUCGCUCUCGCUCGGGGACGACGAGGCCGGCGACUUCGCCUACGACCCCAUCGCGCUCGGGGGCUACACCGCCAUCAUGAAAGGCAUCUUCGUCAGCGCCGCGGGUGGGAACAUGGGCCCGGACCCGGCGACGGUUGCCAACGAGGCGCCGUGGCUGCUCACAGUAGCGGCGGCGACAACUGACCGGAGGUUCGUCGCCUCCGUAAGGCUUGGCAAUGGAGUCGAGCUCGACGGCGAGUCGUUGUUCCAGCCAGAGGGUUUCCUAAGCGUGCCGCGCCCGCUGGUAAGAGACCUCAGCGACGGCACAUGUUCCGACGAGAAGGUCCUUACGCCGGAGCACGUAGGAGGAAAGAUAGUCGUCUGCGACGCCGGUGGCAACUUCACCUCCCUCGAGAUGGGUGCCGCCCUACGCGAAGGCGGCGCGGCCGGUAUGGUUGUGAUAACCAUCGAGGAAUUCGGGUCGGUGAUCCAACCCAAGGCGCACGCGCUCCCGGCGUCGCAGGUGACUUACUCGACAGGGCAGAAGAUCAGGGCAUACAUGAACUCCACAGACAUCCCGACGGGCGAGCUGAUCUUCAAAGGAACCGUGCUCGGCAAUCGCGACUCGCCGGUGGUGGCGGCGUUCUCGUCGCGGGGGCCAAGCAAGCAAAACCAGGGGAUCCUCAAGCCCGACAUCACCGGCCCUGGAGUGAACAUCAUCGCCGGCGUCCCCAAACCGGCGGGGUUCAUGACGCCUCCCAAUCCACUGGCGGCCAAGUUCGACGUCUUGUCCGGCACGUCCAUGGCCACGCCGCACCUCAGCGGCAUCGCCGCGGUGCUCAAGAAAGCGCACCCGACAUGGACGCCGGCGGCGAUCAAGUCGGCCAUUAUAACGACGGCCGACCCGAAGGACCGCCGCGGGAAGCCGAUAGCGGCCCAUGACGGGUACCCUGCCAACCUGCUCACGCUGGGCGCCGGGUUCGUCGAACCCAUGAAGGCCCUGUCGCCGGGGCUCGUGUACAACCUGACGGCGUUCGACUACAUCCCCUACCUGUGCGGGCUCAGGUACACCGACCAUGAGAUCAACUCGAUCAUCCACCCGUUGCCGCCGGUGUCGUGCGCGCAGAUGGCCGUCGUGGAGCAGAAGGACCUCAAUUACCCGUCCAUCACGGCGUUCCUGGACCAGGAGCCCUUCGUCGUUAAUGUCACCCGCGUCGUGACAAACGUCGGGCGCGCCAUCUCCGUGUACGUCGCCAAGGUGGAGGUGCCGAGCACGGUGUCGGUGACGGUGACUCCGGAGAUGCUCCUGUUCAAGAAGGUGAACGAGGCGAAGAGGUUCACGGUCACCAUCAGGUCCAUGGACACAAGUAUCCAGGAGGGGAUCGCCGAGGGGCAGCUCGCGUGGGUCUCGCCCAAGAACGUGGUGCGCACCCCGAUCCUCGUGUCGUUCAAGAAGUUCGUCAAGGAUAACUCCACCACAGCUCAUCUUAGACAUUGA